CGCCUUCCGUGCACGCCAAGUGGGGCAUCACCAGCGAAAUCAAUUGGCUGCGUGGAAUCAGUUGAACCAAUCCGUUGUCGGGUCGUCUGAUGUGUGCCUGCCAAGACACCAUACACCGUUACCUGUAUGUAAACGGCAAUUUCCGCCUCUUUGGGAACGCUGUUUCUUCCGCUUGUUCACCGUUCACCGUCCGCGUGCUUGUUUCUACCGACAUGUUUCGUUUCAAUAACCACUUGACUUGCAGGGCCACCGCUACUUGCACAUGCUGUCACGGAACGCAGGGACAUGGUUGAUAUAUCGUUCAGAAAUGGCCGAGUUUCUUCGAGAUCUCGAGACUGGAGAGCUUAUAAAGCCGACUACUCUGUACUCGAGUAUGCGUCAAACGGUGCUUGCUUUGUAAUAAAGACUGGGCCACAUGGCAGCUAUGAAAUCAUUACGCAGCCUGACAGCUUCCCAGUUUGACGGCCAUAGAGCCGCUCAGGUUGCAUUUUCCAGUUUUUCAAUUGAUACAAACAUUUUCUUUCUCAGCCCUGCGGUUCUUUCAAAAAUUCCCAGUGUUACAUUCGCUGUUCCAACAUCCCCGCAGGUAUUUCCAUCGGCGUGAUCUCAUUUGAAUAUCUCACGACGCAAACUGCCUCAAGGAUCCCAGCCCCACCAGGGUGGGUUUGAUUCGCACCAAACCACCGGAUUCCCAACUUCCGCCAUCAGUUCGGAUGGCCUGAUCGGUCUCUCGGGAGCCGAAGCUCUGGACUCACAACUCGCCACUUUUUGCGCGUCCAUCUCGACACAGCCCCCUGAGCAGUUACGUACGGCGGUGAAAGCAACGAAUUCGUCGAGUACCCCGCCUAGCCUCGUUUGGGAAUCUCUAUCAAAAUGUCGAUUGUGGCCGAUCGAGUGCGUCGUCUCGAUGCACUCAUCGACAAAGUCUCACUUAUACAGUUGGGGUUUGGUGAGGAAGAUGACAAUCUGCAUCUACGUUCCAACCGUGGCGGGGACUUCCACCUGGCAUCAGAACGCCGAGUUACUGAGCUGCUUCAGAUUGCAAAGCAGCUCUCUUCCAGCUCGCUCUCACUGGGCCAUAUAUCCAAGAGGCGAAUUCGAAACUUGUUGAUUGAGUCUGGCCUGGCAAACGAGGAUCAAAAUGAGGAGCUUCAUGCUGAGAAAUGGAUGGUCGAGGUGGAUGCUGAAUGGCAUUUGGUUGGAAAGGCCACUGUUCAAACAUAUGGUCUUUUGAUGAGCUCCCUGCUUGAUCAGAUAAAGCCACUGAGCGACGAUAUCUGGUACUGGGACGAGAUCUUGAGCUCCUACCCCAACAGCCUUCUUUACACGAUGCAAUCAUCACCAGUGCGGAUGGGGGAAUGGACCAGGGAAGUCUGGCGAGAAAGUUUGGAUCGCUUUAACGAGUGGCGACAGCAACAACUCGAGCAUCGUUCAGCCCCUCGAUCCCGGCGCGAGUCUAAGACAGACAGGGAGGGGGAGGUACUUACCGCCGGCACCUCAUUAACACAGUCAGAAUCAAGGUCUGGUGACAAGAAUGCCGCCGCAGAGUCUGUAACUGAAAUCAACUUGACACAGCAAUGGCGCGAGUUUUAUGGCAUUGUCCGAGAAAGCAUCACCGAAAAGUCUCUGGGUAACAUCAGGCGUGUCCUUGGUCGGGUUGAUACCGGCCGUUCGGAUGCCCGACGCAAGCUGGCUCGUCUCCAAAAACUCCGGGAAAUGACGGCAACUGGUCUGGGCGUGCUUUUAGACGAGGGACUCGACAUACGGACACCAGACGAUGGUUCAGCGGUUGAAGCGACUGCUUACCACGAGGAGUGGCGAGUGGUGCUGGAGCGAAGCGUUGCUCUGAUGGAUUCGAUCCUCCGCGGUUCGCUCACCCUCGAACACAAUAUGAAAGAGUUCGAAGACAACAUUUUUUCCGGUGUUCAGCACGAUCCCGAGUUGUCAAUUCACACAGAUGACGCUGCGCAGGCUGCAAGACCUGCCAUCCUUGCCCGCCGACUCCUCAAUAUCCUUGACGAUGGCAUUCCCCAGCAUGCCGUGUCUACCUCGGUGUUGGCCCGCAAGAAUGGUCGCCCUUCCCGACUCGUCAGAUACUGGAUUCCGGCCAUCGCUCUCCUCCUUUCGUCCUCGACAAUCCUCCGCGUUCUUGUAAACAGGAAAGCCGACAUUAUCAACUGGAUACGGGAUCUUGGUGCAACCACUCGGGAUUUUUGGUUCAACUGGGUGGUGGAGCCGAUCAAGAAGGUCAUCGGUACGAUCCGUCACGAUGAAACCAGCGAGAUUGCCAUCAUGAGCCGUGACAGCUUGAAAGCCGAUCGCGAAAGUCUGGAGCGCAUGGUGGUGGAGUUCUCUCGAGACAACCCUGACAUUGCUGUUGGUAAUUCAACCAUCACCGAGGCCCAGGUUGCUGAGAUCCGGACUCGGGUGAAGGAGGGAGAUGUUACUCCCAUCCUGAAAGCAUACGAAAAGGAUCUGAAGAAGCCCUUUGUGGGCGCCAUCAGGGGAGAUUUGGUCCGGUCGGUUCUCAUCCAGGUUCAGAAGACAAAGGUCGAUCUUGAGGUGGCUAUCAGCGGCAUUGAUGCGCUGCUGAAGAGUCAAGAAUUGGUGUUUGGUUUUAUUGGGCUGACACCCGGUAUUCUUGUCUCGAUUGGAAUUAUUCAAUAUCUCAGAACAGCAUUCGGCAGCCGCAAGGGCUUGCGCCGUGGCCAGCGAGCUCGCCGCACCCGUCGUGUCUUGCGCAAGAUGGAUAGAAUAUUGACCGAGGCGCAACACAACCUCCAGGACAACACCAUUUCUUACCGGGACCGCGGUCUGUUGGUCUGCGAAGCUCACGUCCUACGCAACCUCACUCAGGGAAAUCUUCCUCGCGAGGUUGAAAAGGAGUUUAUUGAGGAUCUCGAUGAAUUCGCAAAGGCUAGGGCGGUUCCCGAGCUGUUCAGGGUGCUUGACAGGAUCCGCUGGGCAUAUUCGGAAUAUUUUUAG